AUGGACGACGCCGGCGAGAUCCACCGCGGGUUCGGGGGCCUGCGGCGGGGCGGGAGCUCGAACGCCUUCUCGCGGUCGUCCCACCGCGCGGACGAGCACGACGACGAGGAGGCGCUGCGGUGGGCGGCGCUGGAGCGGCUCCCCACCCGCGACCGCGCCCGGACGGCGGUGCUCGACCACUUCCCGGGGCGGGACGACGGCGUCAGGGCCGUCGACGUCGGCAGGCUCGGCGCCGGCGAGCGGGCCGCGCUGCUCCGGCGCGUCGCCAGCGUCGCCGACGACCACGGCCGGUUCCUCGCCCGGUUCAAGGAGCGCGUCGACCGGGUCGGGAUCGAGCUGCCGACAAUCGAGGUCAGGUACGAGAACCUCUGCGUGGAGGCCGAGGCGUACGUGGGGAGCCGGGGCCUGCCCACCAUCCUGCAUACCUACGCCAAUGUACUCGAGGUACGUAUAUACUGA